CCGGGCGGUGAGGGGAGGUGGCGCAGACAAGAUGGCGGCGCUGGUGGGGCUGCGCGCCCUGCGGCGGCUCGGCGGCCUCGCGCUCUUCUUGUCGCAGCUCUACGUCCUCUCCGGCCGCGCAGGAUCUUUGAUGACCACGAAGCAUUCACAGCCCCAAUCUACAUUUGCAAAAAGUCUUACCUCAACGAGUACAAAUACCCCCAAUUUUAAGACAACAGAAAGUACAGAAAUUCCAUCUUAUGUGACUAAAUGUCCUAGUAAUGGACUUUGCAGUAGAUUGCCACCAGACUGUAUGACGUGUAACACAAACUAUUCUUGUGUAUAUGGGAAGCCAGCCACUUUUGAUUGCAAAGUCAAGCCACAUGUUCAUUGUGUUGAUCAGAAUAACCAUGAGCAGGAGAACUUUACAAUUAACAUGACGUGCCAGUUUUGCUGGCAGCUUGCAACAACGGAUUAUGUAUGUACCAAUUCUACAAACUGCAUGACAGUUUCUUGUCCACGACAGCGAUACAAUGCCACUUGUACAGUGCGGGAUCACAUUCAUUGCUUAGGUAAUCGAGUCUUUCCAAAGAUGCUCUAUUGCAACUGGACUGGAGGUUAUAAGUGGUCUACUGCCUUGGCGCUAAGCAUCACCCUUGGUGGAUUUGGAGCAGAUCGUUUCUAUCUGGGCCAGUGGCGGGAAGGUCUGGGAAAACUCUUCAGCUUUGGUGGACUUGGAAUAUGGACACUAAUUGAUGUGCUACUCAUUGGUGUGGGCUAUGUGGGACCUGCAGAUGGUUCUCUUUAUAUUUAAAUGUAGAUGCAACAUGUUUCAGAGAGGAGUAAUUGCUUGGAAAAUGCUCUAAGGAGAAGAACGUAGAAAUUUGAGCCAUUGAGUUAGAACAAAGAACAGCUGUUCUUUUUAUGUGCAUAUAUUUUAAUGUACAGUAUCUGUACUUAGUUUGCCUUUAACUAAGGUAAAAUAAAAGAGUGGAUCACUAA